AAUUAAAUAAAGCAUCCUCCACUUGUUAAUCAAUCGUCAAUGUCAGAACACGCAUACCAAAAUAAUUCAGAACACUAUUUUGACUGAAUUAGGAUCUUUUCAGAAAGAUGGUAAAUGUUAGAGGAUUAAGAACGUGAUUUACACAAAAUAUGUUAUCAUGGAGACUGGAGUAUAUAGUCGGAGUCGAAGGUGUUGUAGCUUGUAUUUUUAGUGAGAAUUAGGGGACUGAGAAAGCUUAAAAGACCAGCUUCCAUGGAGGUUCCAAAUGGGAAUUGUGGAAACAAAAAUGGAAACUUUGAGGCUCUUGGGACGACGGAUAUCAUCAUCGUCGGAGCUGGUGUCGCCGGUGCUUCUCUUGCCUAUUCUCUUGGAAAGGAUGGACGUCGAGUGCGAGUGAUCGAGAGGGACUUAAACGAGCCCAACAGAGUCAUGGGUGAAGUUCUAAUGCCGGGGGGAUACCUCAAGUUGAUUGAGUUAGGCCUCCAGGAUUGUGUUGAUGAGAUUGAUGCCCAGAGAAUUCUGGGUUACGUUCUAUACAAGGAUAGAAAGGAAGUCCCCAUAAAUUUUCCUCUGCAAAAUUAUCAGUCCCAUGUGGCUGGAAGACUCUUUCACAAUGGUCGUUUCGUUCAAAGGUUGAGGAACAAAGCCGCAUCUCUUCACAAUGUAAGUCUAGAACAAGGGACAGUGACGUCCCUGAUCGAAGAAAAUGGGACUGUCAGAGGAGUGCACUACAAAGACAAGAGUGGUGAUCGACUGCUGUCCGCGUACGCUCCGCUCACCGUCGUCUGCAACGGCUAUUUGUCGAAUUUGAGACGAUCUCUCUGCAAUCCCAAGGUUGAUGUGCCCUCUUAUUUUGUUGGUUUAGUUCUGACUGGCUGUAAACUUCCGAAUGAAAACUAUGGAGGUGUUAUAAUAGCCGAUCCUUCACCUAUAGUGUUUUAUCCGAUUAGCAGCACUGAAAUUCGCUGCAUGGUGGAUGUUCCUAGUCAAAAUUUACCCUCUCUUUCCAAUGGUGAAAUGAGCCAUUACUUGAAGAACCUGGUAGCUGCCAAGGUUAUACCAGAACUGCGCACCGCCUUUGUAACUGCAAUAGAGGAGAAGGAUAACAUAAGAGUAAUGGCAAACAAAAUCAUGGCUGCUCGUCCGCGACCGACUCCCGGUGCACUUCUGAUCGGCGAUGCACUCAAUAUGCGGCACGCUUUGACCGGCGGUGGAAUGACUGUCGCGUUAUCGGAUGUUGUUUUACUCAGGGAUCUUCUGAGACCGUUGCACGACCUAUCCGACGCAUCAUCGACGUACGAAUAUCUCGAAUCCUUUUACGUCCUGAGGAAGCCGAUGUCAUCUACAAUAAACACGCUGGCUAAUGUCAUGCAGAAGAUGUUCAGCGCCUCGUCUGAUCCUGCGAUCGAGCACAUUCAGCAGUCAUGUUUAGGGUAUCUGAGACUCGGUGUGUUUGCACAUGGACUAUCGGCGGUGCACUCCGGUUUAUCGCCUCGGCCGUUAAGCUUGGCGUUUCAUCUCUUGGCCAUGGCGAUAUACGGUGUUUGCCGAUUGUUACUCCCGUUUCCUUCUCCCAAACGCCUGUGGAAUGCAGCUAAACUCCUUUGGGUUGGAUCAAGCAUUGUUCUUCCUUUUAUACAGUCUGAAGGAGUGAGACAGAUGUUCUUCCCUCUAACUGUGCCCUCAUAUUACAGAACUCCUCCGGAGACAAGGACAGAAAAGUAUGAGAAGAAACUCCAUGGAUUAAUAUAAGAAACAUAUGUUGUUGGUAGCUAGUUGUUCGAAUCUGAGAUCUCGAUCGUCAUUCAACAUCAACUUAACUCGGUCGCGAAUUGUGUAAGAUUAUGUUACUCGUUUACUAUGUUAUAAAGAACCCUAAAACUUGCAAUGUAUUUGGACAAUGUCUAAAUGUCAUUUUAUGUAUGUAUUUUGGUCAAGCUUGAAGAA